AUGACAUCCGAUGAAUCCUUUAGAUCUCUCUCUCUAGACUAUCUCAAUCUCCUAAUCGACGGUCGAGCUUUCAGUGAUGUAACCUUCAGUGUAGAGGGUCGUUUAGUCCAUGCUCACAGGUGCAUUCUAGCAGCCAGGAGUCUCUUCUUCAGGAAAUUCUUUUGCACCGCGCCGCCAUCAUCCUCGCGAGGUUCCAACUCUCCGGAGAUCAUACCGGUGGAUUCAGUGGGCUAUGAAGUGUUUCUUUUGAUGCUUCAGUUCUUGUACAGUGGUCAAGUUUCGGUUAUACCUCAGAAGCAUGAGGCAAGGUCUAAUUGUGGGGAGAGAGGAUGUUGGCAUACACAUUGUACCUCAGCCGUUGAUCUUGCUCUUAAUACACUUGCAGCCGCUAGAUCUUUUGGGGUGGAACAGCUUGCUUUGCUAAUUCAGAAACAAUUGGCAAGUAUGGUGGAGAAGGCUUCUAUUGAUGAUGUUAUGAAAGUUUUAAUAGCUUCAAAAAAGCAAGAAAUGAACCAAUUAUGGACUGCUUGUUCCCAUUUGGUGGCAAAAUCUGGCCUUCCAACAGAAGUUCUGGCCAAGCACCUCCCCAUCAACAUCGUAGCCAAGAUAGAAGAGCUCCGCUUUAAGUCCUCCAUCGUCUGCCGGUCCAUAAUGCCCCACCGCCAUGAUCACACCAGCUCCGCCAGUGAUCUCGAGGACCAGAAAAUCCUCCGCAUGCGACGAGCCCUCGAAUCAUCAGAUGUCGAACUUGUAAAGCUGAUGGUUAUGGGAGAAGGCCUAAAUCUUGAUAAAGCAUUGGCCUUGCAUUAUGCUGUUGAAAAUUGCAGUAGAGAAGUGGUAAAAGCUUUACUAGAACUUGGAGCAGCUGAUGUGAAUUAUCCUGCAGGACCACUAGGCCAAACACCACUUCAUAUCGCAGCCGAAAUGAUGUCACCGGACAUGGUGGCGGUCCUCCUUGACCACCAUGCCGACCCGAAUGUCCGAACAUUCAAUGGGAUAACUCCUCUCCAUGUACUCCGGACCCUAACAUCUGAUUUUCUUUUCAAAGGAGUAGUCCCGGGGCUAACACAUAUUGAACCAAACAAACUAAGGCUGUGCCUCGAGCUAGUCCAAUCUGCCGCCAUGGUGAUUUCUAGGGAGGAGGAGGGCGACGACAAUGCGCCGCCGUCUUCCGCCACCUUUAACCCACAAAUUAGUGAAGGCCAUCAUAGACAGAGAGAAGCCAUGAGUCAAAAUCACCCUUUACUGUACCCAGAAUAG